AUGUUCCGUCCCCGUUUCCUCCUCCUCAGCCUGGGCAACCCGGCGCCCUACUACGAAACCCUCCACUCAGCUGGCCAUUUUGCCCUCAACUCGGCCCAGAAAGCCCUCCGCGGAUCCCAACUGCCCUUCACUUAUACAGAUCUGGGCGGUAAAAAGUGCUUGGCCUCCCUCACUGCUUCCUCCUCCAGUCCCUCAUACAUAAUGAUUCAGUCCCCGACCUUAAUGAAUGUUUGUGGGCCGUGGGUAGCGAAGGCGUAUCGGGAGCAGCUGCAAAUGCACAAUCUCAAGCCAUCAGAGUUGAGUCUCGUCCUCGUGCAUGACGACCUGGAGGAAGACUUUGGAUCCGUCAAGUUGCGCAAGUGGAAAGCGAGCCAUAGGGGUCACAACGGAGUUAAAAGCGUCAAUGCCAGCCUGAAGCCCGCCGAAUUUCCCGGCGCAAGGUGGUCACGCAUUUCCAUUGGCAUCGACAGACCGGAGGCACGGGAUCAACAAUCCGUGGCAAAUUAUGUCCUGAGGAGGAUGACCCGAUACCAGAAGGAUGUCAUUGAUGCUAAAAUAGGACCUCGGGUCAUUGGCUGCCUCCGGAGCCUGCAGGACGACUGGGAGGAGGAUUUCGACAAGGCGUCUUCAGACCCCUGA